AUGAAGUUCCUUAAGGUCGGCCGUGUCGCCAUCAUCAGCCGUGGCAGAUAUGCAGGCAAGAAGGUCGUCAUCAUCCAGCCCGUCGACCAGGGCACCAAGUCCCACCCCUUCCCUCACGCCCUUGUUGCCGGCAUUGAGCGUUACCCUCAGCAAGUCACCCGCCGCAUGUCCAAGGCCCGCCAGACCAAGCGCUCAAAGGUCAAGCCUUUCAUCAAGGUCGUCAACUACAACCACAUCAUGCCCACUCGCUACACUCUUGAGCUCGAGGGCCUGAAGGGUGCCGUCACCAACGACACCUUCAAGGAGGUUUCGCAAAGAGAGGACGCCAAGAAGAACAUCAAGAAGGCCCUCGAGGAGCGUUACCAGAGCGGCAAGAACAAGUGGUUCUUCACUCCUCUCAGUAUGAUGAGACCCCGUCCGUACCAUCGCAGGCCAAACGACUAAGAUUCUAGAUGACUCGACAAUGCGCGGUGCACUUCUUGGUUGGGGGAGUCUUUCAAAAAUUACUUCAUGGACACGGGGGACUCAAGACUUAGCUGUCUUUAACGCAUGAUCAUGGGACAUAGCGAGUCAAAAUACCAACGUCUCGAAACAAAAAGGAAAAGUUCAAAAAAAUUCUUCCAACCUCUUCAAAAUGUCCACGAGCAACAAGUGCAGGAUCUGGUCGAGUUUGGGAGCGAUACCACCGAACGAAAACUUCAACACGCCGGUCUUGCGAAGACAUCUCACCUUCAACCACGUUCACCGCAUACGAUACCCGCGAGCAUGGCAACACACUGCGGAUGAUGGCAACGAUACACACUGUUCACGACUGUCCCCCGCGC